UGGAUUUGACAUUACCGAAACCACUCUUGGUGCAGCGAACUAUCGUCACGUGGACCGUACUAUGGGUGAGGUCUCCAGCUCAUUGGCCAAAGUAAUGUGUCGUAGUGGCGGCAAUGAUCUGGCAGCACCACAGAACUGUCAUCUUGGUGGUGGAUACUAUGGCCAAAGACCAGGUAAGGGUGUAUGUGAAUGGGACACUGGGGUUUCUGAACAUUUCGAUGACUAUACAAUGCCCAUGAGGACGGGUCGAAGGUCACAUAAAGGUGUGUGUGAAUGGGAAGGUGGCGUUUCAGAACGUUUCGAUGACUAUACGAUGCCAAUGAUGACUGGGAAUGAUACCUACCCUACAUUGGUGGACAAAACUGGGGAGGUUGAAUCAAAACCUGAAGCUUGUGGCAGGAAGAGAACAGUGGCCGAAAUAAUGAAAGACAAGAGGGAAGUGUUUAUCCUCAAUCAAUCAGCAAGGGCGGUGAAGGUGGCAGGUGCUGUUAUGGUAAAUGAUCGUGGCACCAAGCGACUUUGCAGCCGGCCGACAGCAGAAGACGGCAAUGGUGACAGGGAAGUUGAGUGUGGCAGAAAGUUCCCCCAUAAUCACUCUCCUGCCAAAGGAUUUGGGUUGGUCCCCUCUGGAAACAUAACGUUGGAAGACUUCCUGUAUGCUUUUGAGUUAAGAAUUUUGGGGGCGAGGAGAAUGUCUGAGCAUGUGCCAGAGCCAUUACCACCAGCGAACCCCACAGGACUGGCCUGGAGGCUGGACGUACAGCUUGGUGCCCCUAACCCGCCCCCACGUGACCUGCAUAGUGUGCAUCCAGGUACCGAGCAAAGGGUUCCUGGCCACGAAGCGAGCCCCGCGUGGGGAAAUGUAGGCAUGCGGCAUCAUGCUGCUCCCCAGCCCCCCUGCUCCGCGUCUAGGGCGACAGGGUUAUGAGCCCGUGCUUGUUCUUCUGUUCUCCCCCCUUUCUUUGUGAACCAUGCUUGCCGGUGAUAAGUAACCGGACUGCUGCCCCCAAGUG